AGGGGGCAGCUCCAGCAAGUAGAAAGUUCCAGCUCCCUUUCCUGACUCCCUCCCAAGCUUCCCUGUGUCCCUCUCGAUGGCACCCACUUCUUACUGCUAUUCCCGACUGCCCACGGGUGAGUUCCAAGAGAACCUGGGGGACCGCAAGCUGCCAGUGCGGGUGGGGAUCCUGCUGGGCCUCCUGGUGAUAGUGGUGGUCGGUCUGUCUGUGGCAGUAGGCGUUUUGGCUGCCAAGGCCAAUAGCCCAGCUUGCAAGGAUGGCCUCCCGGCUGAGCAGGAGUGUCGAAACAUCACCCACCUCCUGGAGCAGGAGCUGACCCAGGCCCAGGAAGUCUUGUGGGGAACUGAGGCCCAAGCUGCCACUUGCAACCAGACUGUGGAGACCCUGAAGAUUUCCCUGAAAGAGAAGGCUGGGCGCCACAAGCAACAGGAGCUGGUGCAGAAGCUUCAAGAGGAGAUCAAGACAUUGAAUCAGUCGCUGCAAAAUAAAUCGGCGGAUCUGCAGGACGUAUACGCGGAGCUGGAGCAUCUAAGAAAAGAGAAUGAGGCCUUGGUCUUCGGCAAGGGCCCCACCAACGCCAAGAGCCCCCCCAACUCUGGGAUCACCCUCCAUCUCUCUGUGGCCACCGUGCUCCUGUCCCUGAGCCUCCUGGCUCUGCUGGUCUGAGAUCCCAGGAAGCCUUUCGGCACAUUCUAACCUGGCUGAGAGCUGUUCGCCCAGAGACAAGGGGAUUAACCUCAGAAUGCCGUCCAGGGUGCUUUUCAGAGAGUUUCCUGUCAUCUUGGAAAGAUAACAACCUGGUCCCAGAGAAGCUCUCUCCCAUUUGGCCUGCAAUCCACCCUAAUAAACUUUCAUAGGACUCAA